CAAUGGCACAACGUGAAUCAAAGUCGACAAUGAUGGCUCGAUGACUCAUAUCCCUCGCCUUCGACCCCGUGCAGAUCCUGUGUUAUGAUGCAAUAUGCAAGUCUUUAUUUCCUCCGAUGCAAGAGACGACUGUGCCUUGGAACGGAUAAUACCCGGAAGCCUGCGGCCUGGAAGCGAGGCAGAUGUGGCAAUACCAACCUCUUCACUGGCGUGGGGAUUUGAUCCGGAACGCGAUUGCAUGAGCAGCCCAUGCUUGCAGAGGGACUAUCGUGGUAUGAAGGCAGAUGCGAGGGCUGGAUCGCAAAGUAAGUUUGAACCGGGGACGCAUCGAAGUCAGUGGCAAGGCAAGGGAGAAGACCAGUACUUUUGCCGACGACAACGCCCAGAACCUUUCCAUUCUUUCGAAAUCCAAAGUUUACUCUAUAACUGGGUAUAUCGGCUCCACUGGCCAAUACGGCCACUCAAAAUUGUGACUGUCUUUGGCUCAGACUGUAAAGGCGAACAACUGACCCAGCAGAGACAUGUAUUGCAGCAUUUCACUCUAAUCGGUAGGCAAAUCACUCCGUGUGAACGUGAUCUAGUCAUAGCAUUGUCUAUCCCCACAUGGCCUAGCUAUUCGCACUGGAUACGCUCACUGAAGAGACAGAAUCAUCUCUACUCUACGUACUUCAAUAAUAUCAGCAUUCUUUUCAUGCAGUACACAAUGCACAUCGCCGGUGCCAACUCAACGAAGAUUCCCUCUGCCCUUGUCGCGAAGUCGGUGCUCUCACCGAUGCUUUCAACCCGCUCCUUCUUUGGCGAUUGUUGCAUUGGAUGCUCACUUACUUUUAUGUGAGAGAGAAGCCGACAGUCAGUGAAGAAGUGACGUCCAGAUUCCACCAUCCG